AUGCCAUCCCAACGACGCCGAUUGGUGGGGGCAGCGGCUCUUCUCCUCGUGCCCCUCACCCCAUUAGCGCGUGCUGCCGACAUGCCCUUCCUCCAAACAGUUUACGCCGCCAGCGCACAAUGCACUGUCGACGGUAGCAACUGGAUCCUCUACCUGGGCGACCAGACCGCACCGUACGCGUGGGAUGCGGCCGCCAGCCCCGAUGGUUCAGCGUUCCGCGAUCGCGCACAGCAGAUGCACAUCCACACCACCACGCCCAUGCAGAGUCUCACCUGCCAGCUCUACGGUACGCGUAUCAGUGUCCUCGGUGGACUGCAGUUGGCGGGGGGCGUGAAUGCAGCCGACCCAAACUUCUUGAGCAUCACACUCGACGGGCAACCCGUCACGCCCGAUGCUCUAACUCUCACCCCGGCGAAUGAUACCUGGAAGUCGACCGUGCUACAGGCUCCCCCGCCCAACGCAGCGCCCCUCACGCCUGGGAUGCAUACGCUGCAGAUUCAAACAGGCGCGUCCUUCCAUGGCGCACUCAAGAUGUGGGGCAUGGUCGCUAACACAUCGGUUCAAACAGCUGGCUGGAAGCCGUACAGCGCCCCGGGUGUCGGCUCCUCUACAGGUCACGAGCUGCCCUUCGUCUUCAACUCGUCCGUUGCAAGCACAAUGUACAACUGGGGAGAUCGUGACCCGGGGGUCCACAACUUCGGGCUGCAGAAUGUCUCGUCGCCCGAGAUGGCUGUCGCGGUGCGGGAGAAGGCCGAAGCGACAGUGAAUUUGCCGAAGAACUCGUCGUAUCUGGUCCUUCAUGGCUACAGCGGACCCAACUACGGGACACUCUGGCUCGACAUUGAGCCUGCACCGCCAGGCGUCUCGACACUGCCAGUCGAGCGCAACACCAACAAGCCAUGGCUCGUAUACGACACACUCUUCGAGGUCCCGCUCGACCCAACCGCGGAAUACACCGUCACUUACACCACGAAGGAGGGCGCCCUCGGUGCAGGCGUGUACCUUGCCUCGACAGGGGUGUUGGAGUAUCAGGAGAAUACGCUGAAUCCGUUCACGGGUGGCUGGAAGGACGGGACAAAGCCAAAGAAGAGGAAUCUUGGUCCGUUCAUCGGGGGAGCUGUUGGCGGUGGCAUCGGGGCUAUCUUGCUCGUCGGCCUCAUCGUCUUCCUCUGGCGCCGCCGCCGUGCUGCCAAGAAUCAGCCUGCCAUCUCAGCCUCCGAGGAAGGCUCGUCGGACGGCACGCUGGGCGAGAGCGACGCGAUGCUCGAGAAGGAUGGGAGUGCGCGCGCGUCCCUCCGCCCUUCUAGCAUGGGCGGGCGGCCCAAGUCGGGCGUGUCGGAUCGUCGCAAGUCGGAGAUGGCGAUGAUGCUCGAGCGCGACAAGCGCAAGUCGGUUGCAUCGACCAAGUCCGGCCGAAAGUCGCGACGCCAGUCCGAGAUGCCAGCUCAUGUGCUCUCCGGAGACUACCGUAAGGACCUUGAGUCCUGGCUUUUGCCCAGCGGCGCGUACUCUGGCGGAGCGCUGCGCCAAUCCCGGCCAAUCUCCAGCACAUCGGGGAGGGGGUUGCUCGACGGUCUCGCCGUCCCUGCGCACCCGCUGCAUUCGCGGCCCAUCUCUUCCAGCUCGGGGCGGGGUCUGUUGGAUGGCCUCAACGUGCCCCCCAAUCCUCGCAAUUCGCGGCCAGUAUCUUCGCCCCCCGGGCGAGGGCUUCCACCCCUGGACAUCGCCGCCGCUGCACCAGCUUCUCCACCUCCAAACCUGUCGCCAGUCGAACAGACCCUCGCCACGCUCACUGGCAAGUUGCCGCAGUCGCCGCCGCGCACCCGAGUCGCAUUGCCGCCUGGAGCCGAGGAGCCAGCACCUGCCCCCUUCGCUGUGCAACAGGCAGCGUCUCCAACCGCGUCUGGACCACCGCUGUCCUUCCCGACACCGACGCCCGCCUCCCCCACGGCUGCAGGGCCACCCACACACGCGCCGCCUUCUUCGCCGCAGCCACGAAGCGAGUCCGUCGCCUCUCAGGCGACAUUCUUCUCUCUUCCCGACGAGUCGAUGGACGCUGGCGACACGACAGUGGGUUCGGAGGGCUUCUUCAGUGCUCAGUCGCAUGCGGCGCCCGUGUUCUUGCAGCCCAACUCGUCCAGUUCCCGGCCGAUGAGCCGCCAAGCGAUACCGAAAGGAGGUGCGUCCGAGGCCGAGGUUAUGGACGGCCAUAAGGCGGCGGUCGACGAAACGCAGUACGUUCCCGGGACGGCGAUGUAGAUGGACUUUUGAGUGGUUGGACUCUGCUGGAUGUGAUGGACUUUUGAGAAGAAGCGAGUGGCAUUGAUAUAGUGCUUGGUAGUUGCGAUGCGCGACGCUGCAUUGCGAUGAGAUCUAC